AUGGAUUUGGUAGAAGAUAUAUACAUACACACAGACGGGAAGCACGAACGAGGGCAGAGGCGAGAAGCAGAUAUCACAGUGAAUCAACUAUUUAUACACACAUACGCAUACAGACAGGGAAGCACGAAAGAGGGCAGAAGCGAAAUACCAGCUUCGUUAAUGAUGAUUGUAACAGUGAAAACCAAUAGUACAAAACUCUCCCUCUCUCAUGCAGAUCGUGAUGGUCAGCUGGAGGAAGUGGUUCUUCGCCAUCUUGGGGCAGAAGAUGGAAACACGGUGAUUGCUAAAAAUGUCAGGUACUUCAUUACCGAAAUUCUGGAAGAUAAUAUCAUUCUGAGACUUGUAGUAAUAUUCUCGUAA